UCGGCUGGAUUGAUCCACCUACAGGUUUGUGUCACACCAAAUAUUUUCGAUUUACAGUGUCAAUUUCAAACGUGCCUGCCAUGUCUUUAUGGUAGUCAUAUAAUAUUGGCUCCAAUUGUGGCUUUUGAAUAUGCGUACGAGUGUCUCUAAGGCCUGAACGGUCAAAGCCACUGCGGCGCCGACCUACAUAGCCGAAGCAGCAGAACAAGAACUUCACAGUUUAAAUCAAAUCCCUAACCUGGAUAAUGCUUUCCCUACGCUUCCCUAUUUCAUUCGAGAACGCUCUGAUCACUCCCUUCAAACCCAGACCCUCGCGCUUCCAAACACCCACAGUCCAAUCACUUCCACGCCUCUCAAGCUCACUCUCUCUUCCUCGCGCAGCCACAGCUGGCGUGGUUCUCAAGGAAGAGGACAGAGAGUUAUCAAAUAACCGAUUUGCCCCUCGCGGAGACUUCCCGCCAGACGGCGAGCCUUUGCCGGCUGGUCUCCAGCGAGAGCUGAUGCCGAGGCACGUGGCGGUGAUCAUGGACGGUAACGUGAGGUGGGAGAGGCAGAGAGGGUUGCCGGCUGGGUCAGGUCACGAGGCUGGUGCUCGGUCGUUGAGAGAGCUCGUUGAGCUGUGCUGGAAAUGGGGGAUUAGGGUUCUUACUGUUUUUGCGUUUUCGUAUGAUAAUUGGGUUCGGCCCCAGGUGGAGGUUGAUUUUUUGAUGAAUUUGUUCGAGAAGAUGACAAGCUCAGAAAUCGACAGUUUUGCAAGAGCAAUCUGCAUAGUUUUGUUGGGUUGUGGUGGAAUUGGAAAGUUUGUGCCAUUUGUGGUCAGUUAUUCAACCACAGAGGAGGACAUGGCUCCCUACAGAGCUUCGAAACCAUUUUUACUUCCUAGGGGAUUGCAGCCAGUUGGAUGGUAUUCGAAUUUCGGUCAUUGGGGAUUUGUCAAAGCUCCCCAACUCUUUACAGAAACUGAUAAGUGAUGCAGGGGAUAGAACGAAAGGCAACUUUAGACUCCACCUGAUUGUGGCAGUGAGCUACAGUGGAAAGUAUGAUAUUGUGCAAGCAUGUAAAAAUAUUUCUCAGAAGGUGAAAGAUGGCCUUAUUAAAGUUGACGAUGUCAAUGAAAGCUUCAUUGAACAAGAACUGGAAACUAACUGUACUGAGUUUCCAUACCCUGAUCUACUGAUAAGAACCAGUGGAGAACUCAGAGUCAGCAACUUCUUGUUGUGGCAGUUGGCCUACACGGAAUUUUUCUUCGUAUCAGCUCUUUGGCCUGAUUUUGGGAAAGCUGAGUUUGUUGAGGCCUUGAUUUCCUUUCAGCAGCGGCAGAGGCGUUAUGGUGGAAGAGAUUUAUAAGUGAUCAAAAGUCAUGAAUUUAAAUCGUACAUUUUUUGCUGAAAGCUUGUACUAUUCUGUAAAUAUCAGCAUCAAGUACUGGAUGUAAAUGUAAUGAAUAGUAUUUAUGCAUCUAAUUUCUUCUGUCCCCUACAUCCGGACUUGUAUAAAAUAUUUAUGCAUACACA